AUGAAGGAUGAGUAUGAAGUCAUAAUUGGUGGAGAUGAUAUAUUGGACGAUACAGGAGGACAGAAGGAACGGAAAUCUUGGACGAGAAUCGAUAAGCUCUUGUUGAUAUUUUGUGCCCUGUGCGAUUUUGCAGAUGGAACAGAAAUUGAUCUACCUGGAAUGAUGACACAACAAGUUUCGUGUGACAUUGAACUGUCUUCAUGGAAGGAAGGAUUACUGAAAUGUAGUUUAUACAUCGCAUUAGUAAUAUCAACUUUCAUUGCCACAGUACUAUCAAUAAGGUUUGGAAGACGGAAGUUGAUUAUAAUCUCGCUCGACCUGAGUGCAAUAAGUACAAUAGUCUGUGCUGUAGUUGCAGACUUUAACACUCUCCUUCUUUCCCGAAUACUCCUUGGCUUUUGUCUUGGACUGAGACACACCCUGCUUUAUGUUUGGGUCGCUGAGAUGGUUUCCAGUCAACAGAUUCUAGCUAAGCUUUUAAUGGUACAGUCCAUAGUGUACUAUGCGGGGGAAAUGUGGUCGUCGGUGUUGGGGUUCCUCCUACUUGAGCAAAUUGGAUGGAGAAUGUUCAUUCUUUGUUCGACAUUACCCAUAAUCAUUCCACCAAUCGUCAUGCUUCACUGCUGUUUCACAGAGAAAGUAGGCCCACAGAUAGAAUACAGUGAUGAGAAAGAAACAGUGACCGUCCCUAACUUUGUUGGCCGAACCACCAAACUAGGGUUGCUCUUUGCUUGUAUAACUUUCAAUGGCUGGCUUACCACCCUCCUCGUUCCAGCCCUGAUCAAAAUGUUCAAUAUCAAGGAAGCAGGAUCUAACAAUAAUUGCUCUGUGACCAUGACUCAAGGGCAGGAACUCUUGUUACUGGGACUCGUUAACUUCGCAGCCAUACCCUCUACACUGCUCACCCACUGUAUUAAAGGAAAGAUAGGAUUUCUUAAACUACAGGGUGUAAUUGCCUUGAUAUGCAUAGGAAAUUUUGCACUUAUGCUCACACAAGAAAGCCUCGUGGUAGCGAUUUUAACCAACUUCAUAGCUAAGUUUGUGUAUGGGAUCACUGCCUUGAACAUAUGUUACGUACUCUACGACGUAAACUACUUUGGAACAAAAGACUUUGCUCUAGGUAGUAGCACGGCCUGCUCAUUCGGUAUGAUAGGAGGGAUGGCUGGGUCGACAAUGGUCGCUUUUGCUCCCACAUCGUCCGUUAUAUUCACUGCUUUGGUGCUCUCUAUUGUUCAGAUAAUGGUCCUUUUCUCUAUGACAGAGGUGCAAGAAGGGGAGAUGGGAAAGGUGCAAGAAGAGGAGAUGGGAAAGGUGCAAGAAGAGGAGAUGGAAAAUGGCGCACAAACUUUAAAGUGAUCAGAACCUUUCAAAUUUAAGUGAAUAGGAAAAAUUUCGAUUCUGCACGCGCAGGACCGAGGUGGUCAAAUAAUUUGAUUUUUCAAAAAGCAGGUAUUACUGAUAUGAUCCUUGCAUGGAAUAUUUAAUGCACGAUAACCCAUUUGAGGAAGAUGACCUGUGAUAUGAUCAUCAAAUCUGGUCAUAUUUCGUAUCAGUUGUUUUUAUACAACUUUAUUAAUCAUAGAUAUUUUGACAUUUUCAAAUAAGGUCCGAUAAGGUAUACAUUUAUUACUUAAUGGGUGUUACUCGUAAAAUAUUUGUUUCAGGACUGUCGACGAGUCCAACUCGGCGCGCGUCCUGGUCGGUCAUACUCAUAAACCUACAAAUUUAUUACAUGCCUUCUCAAUUCUCAUGCGAAACUUUUGCACCCACGAGACAUUUUCAAACACGAGGCUUGCCGAGUUUUGAAAAUGUUGAUAUUGAAUUGCAUGAGAAGGCAUGUGAUUAAUGUUUUAUUACACUUUCUUUGGAGCCAAAUUUUGCCAAAUGUCGAACUUAUUUAUGUUUAUACUUUAUACUGUUCAAGCUAAGAAUAUCUCUCAUUAGGUUAGUAUUUCGGAACUGGAAGUGGAAGGAAGGCACACAACCAUUAUGCUGUGCUGACUUGUCUGCCACUCAGGGGAGUGAGGGGCUCGAACUCCUCAGUCCUCAAGUCGCUCACGAGGAAGGCUUAAAGUCGUAACAGGACUACCUCAUCGUCCAUGACAGGCAAUGUUGAGACCUACCUACCUUGAACAAAUUACAAUCACGCUUUGUUACCCCCUUUUGUUUGAGAAGGGAUGAUGAUUAAUGAUUAAUCACUCUACACUCGACUGUCACGUGACUUUUUAAACACGUUCUCUUGGUGGCCCUGAAUGACUAUUCGAAAUCCUAGCCCUCUAAUCUGAUCCCAACCUUAACCCUAACCCAAUCUCUAACAAAAGCAUAUGCUGAAACCCUAACCAUAACAAAAAAUUAGACCGACUUCCUUAUAUGGUCAUAUCACGUGAUCGAGACAGUUUUUCGCCAGUAUCUCGUCAGGGUAGCAUUUAACCCUAUGUCAUGGGAGUGAUUCGGAAUCAGCGUCCGAAAAUACAUCGAUUCUAUUUGGUUUCAACUGUCGGGGGCCCUUUUAGAAAAAUCUCGAAAAUCGACUGUAGUGAUUCAGCACUCUCGUUUGAGAAGCUCGAUUGAUACUUGCGGUAGAUUACUGGCGUCCGUUAGUAUUGUUUAUACUUGUAGAUUUAAUGGCACCUGCUAUUGUUUGGCACACACCAUUGUUUAUACUUGUCCCUGUUAAAUAACUGCAGACCAGAGGGGACUUGAGGAAUCUAGGGACAGCA